UAUCCAAUCAGGUUAGAGGUCGGUCACCAUGCCAACGUGUUCCUCCCCCGCCUGGCGGCUCUUUCCGGCCCAGGGUUUCCAGCUAUGGGGACGAUUUACCUUUUUCGGAAGACACAACGUUCCCUUUUGGGCAAGCUGACACAGGAGUUUCGACUAGUAACAGCAGACAGAAGAUCCUGGAAGAUAAUCCUAUUUGGUGUAGUAAAUGUAAUCUGCACAGGAUUCUUGCUAACAUGGUGCAGUUCUACAAACAGUAUGGCUUUAACGGCAUACACCUACCUGACAAUCUUCGAUCUUUUCAGCUUAAUAACGUGUUUGAUAAGCUACUGGAUAAUGGUGAAGAAACCAAACCACACAUAUUCCUUUGGGUUUGAGAGGUUUGAAGUAUUGGCUGUUUUCGCUUCCACAGUACUUGCACAACUGGGUGCACUUUUCAUACUCAAAGAAAGUGUUGAGCGCUUUUUGGAGCAGCCAGAAAUUCAUACGGGCCGUCUUCUGGUGGGAACGUUCGUAGCACUAUUUUUCAACCUAUUUACAAUGCUUUCUGUAAGGAAUAAACCUUUUGCCUAUGUUUCCGAAGCUGCUAGCACAAGUUGGCUUCAGGAGCAUGUAGCGGAUCUCAGUCGCAGUUUGUGUGGGAUCAUUCCUGGCCUAAGCAGCAUUUUCCUACCUCGGAUGAAUCCUUUUGUGUUAAUCGACAUUGCUGGCGCACUUGCACUUUGCAUUACAUACAUGUUAAUUGAAAUCAAUAAUUAUUUUGCUGUGGACACGGCUUCUGCUAUAGCCAUCGCUAUGAUGACCUUUGGCACCAUGUAUCCAAUGAGUGUGUACAGUGGUAAAGUGUUACUCCAGACUACACCACCCCAUGUGAUUGGACAGCUUGAUAAGCUUCUCAGAGAGGUUUCUACUUUGGAUGGUGUCCUUGAAGUUCGCAAUGAGCAUUUUUGGACUCUGGGCUUUGGUACCUUGGCUGGAUCCGUGCAUGUACGGAUUAGAAGAGAUGCUAAUGAACAGAUGGUACUUGCUCAUGUUACAAACCGUCUUUAUACUUUGGUUUCAACGUUGACUGUUCAGAUUUUCAAGGAUGAAUGGGUUAGGCCUGUGUUAUCUUCCAACCCGAUGCCUCCCAAUAUUUUGAAUAUUCCUGAACAUCACAUUAUUCAGAUGCCUACUCUGCAGAACCUAAGUGAUGAACUGACCCCGUUGACAUCUACUCCAUCCAAACCAAGCAGUCCACCUCCUGAAUUUGCAUUCAAUACGCCAGGCAAACAUAUAAACCCUGUCAUCUUGUCAAACACUCAGACAAGACCCUUUGGCGCAGGAUUUAAUUAUGGGUCUACACCGUAUGGUGCUACUUUUACUCAAGGACUUGGAGUGCCUGGUGUUGGCACCACACAGGGUUCACGGACUGGCUUUACAAAUGUUGCCAACAGAUAUGGGACAUACACACCUGGACAGUUCACUCAGUUCAGACAGUGACUGCCUGUUUUUACUUCAUUUUAUUUCUUACUUUUUCAAAAGUAUUUUCCUGUUCCUCUAUUGAGGUCUCCAUUGGCUCUGUCUUUGAGUCGAGCACAUGAUUAAACUGUAAAGAAACUUGCAGAGAA